UUGGGCAGGCGCACUGCUGCUGACCUUCGAUCACACUCAGAGCAGAUACAUCAACUCGUUUGCUGGCCCGUACAUUGCCUACCUGCACACGUACACUUCGUGCCCAUGUGAUGGCUCGGCACUGAUCCACUUGCGUGCCACGCAUUUUAAGCCCACGAGACCUUUUGAUCUGCAGGUCAUCACAUCUAAUAUGACGUUCAGAAGGAAUAUCGAGGACGACUUCUGGUUAUACGUGGACUUGGCCCUUCGAAACAACAACGAGUGGAAAGAGAACGCCUUCAUGAUCAAGUUCCCCAACGUCGGAUGCACUGCAUUACGUGACCAAGCCCCAAGCGUCUUCGGCAUCAUAGCUAAAAGUACCGGGGCGCCGACGGACAAGAAAGAACGCUGUUUCAUUCCGAAGGGCCAGUACGAUGUCAACGGCCCGGUGAACUGGACCUUUCCCAACUUCCCCAUCAUGCCGUACGGCCGCUACCGUCUGCACCUCCGAACUCUGGGAGAUCCCUACAAGGAUCCCAUCGUGAGAUACUGCGCGAUCCUCGACUGUGAAAUCAUCCCGAGGCCGGGCUAGACAUUUACCGCCCGCACACGCA